CCCGUUGCGCGCUCCGCGUUUGUUCAGCGGCCUUUGUGACGGCGACUCCCGUCACCCAGUACAUAGCAACCGAACAUAGCCCGACCGUCAUAUAAGUGAGGUUUGACUUGUGCUCGUUGCUCACCCCAACCUUCGGAUCCCUCCCGUUCGACCACAGUCGCCAUGUCCGCGCCACCCAUCACAGCUAGCGUCGACGUCGAGAUACUCGGCGGCCGCACCUUCCCCAAGGGAGACCUCAGGAUGCUGCCACCGUUCGCCGAGUUCGUCCAGUCUACGCUCCGCAUGCCGUUGUCCUCGCUGCCCCCAUUGAGCGAAGCUCAGCAGCCGAGACCUCCACUUACGCCACCGACACCUCCAAUCCGCCCUCUGCGCGAGAUAAUAUACCCUGACUGUGCCCACCGCGGACCUAUCAAGCUCACCGAGGCCGCCGAUCUCGCGCAAUUCAAGUCCCCGAAGACAUCUCCCUCGCGCACCAUGUCGCUCAAAGGCGCUGACGUCCAGGAGAUCCUGCACCUCUAUCGUCUGAAGGCACAAGACAUCGCCGGUGCUCCAUUCGCGGUCCGCAAACACGUUCAGUGCCACGCCAUCACCCCUACUGGGAUUUGCAACCGAGUGCAUACCGUAUACGAGUUCAGGGCCAUGCACAUGUCGGCAGGACAAGCAACUUGCCCAUGGCAGGGCUGCGGGCAUAGGCUUCCCGUCGAAUUGCUGAGAUCGUGCUACGCAGAGUACAUCAUCUUCUCCCACAUCGCCACUGCUCACUAUGGAGGAACCCCGACCUGCAAAUUCUGCUUGUUUCCUCUGUACGCUCCUCCCGGAACACUGCAUGGUGUCGCGCUGGCCAAUCACCUCUCCCUUGGACGGUGCUUGGGUCUCGCGCGAUUUGCCUUGAUGAAAGGAUUGCCGGUUCCUCUUCCUGAGGAAAAGGAUGCUGGCAGGGAGCCAACGUCCCAUCUAGAGCGAACGUCGGCGCAAUAUUUGCCCUUACUGGUCGACUCUCCCUCGCGCGAACCCACUGAAAUUUCCAAGGGUGCUUCACAGAUAAUCGACGGCCGCCCUUGGGAUAUCCACUUGGCUGACAAGCCCUGA